CAGGUGUUACGUCGCGCGGCGGGACUCUUGCAGCAAGCUGAAUUAUGGCUUUUCCCUUGAACUCGUCGUUACCGUCGCCUGUCAGACGUUGUUGUUUGCAGCGCAGCUUGUUGUUUUCAAGAUUAGUCAGGACUAGCUUGGAAAAGGGUCCAAGGAGCUUGUUUUCUGCUGGACGUGUAGCUGCUCAGUCCAGCAAAUGAUCGGGUUUAGUUUGAUGUCGUUUCCGUGGAGUGAGAUGUUGGUGACGGAGGAUCUCAUCUCAGUUUGAAUCUUUUAUUGGACCGUUUACCAGACAUAAAUGUGCUUCUCAGACAGAAACUCUGUUUUCGAUGGGAUGGGAGAAGAGCACUUUUCUCUCGAGGUGGAGGUGAGCCUGUCAAGCCAUGGAUGCUGGAGGACAUCGCCAAGGACAUCCGAGAGCUGAAGUACAACAGGGUGGUGGUGAUGGCCGGAGCUGGGAUCAGCACUCCCAGUGGAAUCCCAGAUUUCAGGUCACCUGGCAGCGGUCUCUAUGACAACCUGCAGCAGUACGACCUGCCAUAUGCUGAGGCUAUUUUUGAGAUAGAUUUUUUCCACCAAAACCCAAAUCCCUUCUUUGCCCUGGCCAAAGAGCUGUAUCCAGGAAACUACCAGCCCAACCUGACUCACUACUUUGUACGUCUGCUUCAGAUGAAGGGUCAGCUCCUCCGGAUGUACACGCAGAACAUCGACGGGCUGGAGAGACUGGCAGGAAUUCCUCCAGAGAGGCUGGUGGAGGCCCAUGGGACGUUCGCCACCGCCACCUGCACCACCUGUUGGCAGAAAUAUGACAGUGAGGACCUGAGACCAGCUGUGAUUCGUGGGAUGGUCCCCAAGUGUCCCGCCUGUAAGGGCGUGGUCAAGCCUGACAUUGUGUUUUUUGGGGAGGAGCUUCCACGACAUUUCUUCAAGUACAUGACAGACUUCCCGCUUGCAGACCUCCUGAUCAUCAUGGGUACUUCUCUCGAGGUGGAGCCGUUUGCCAGCCUGGCUGGAGCUGUCCGGAGCUCUGUGCCCCGUCUGCUCAUCAACAGAGACCUGGUGGGGCCCUUCGCCUGGAGUCGCCGGCCUCACGACGUGGUGCAGCUGGGCGACGUGGUCAGCGGCGUGCAGGCCCUCGUCGACGCCCUGGGCUGGAGCCAGGAGCUGAAAGCUCUGAUGGCCAGACAUCAGAACGCUGCAGCUAAAAGAGAAGAGUGAGAAGUUUGAGUUCCCAGCUGGAGGUUCAAUUUGAUUCCCUCAAACAGCUGCAGAAAAACCUGAAUCAUUAGCCUCUAAUCUGUGUGUUUAAACUGGGAUUACUGAGAACUCAGACUAGUAGAGAAGAAACUGCUGUACUGGACAUUUGGAUUAAUGGAUUGAGGAGUUUUAAAACAAAAUGUAAGGAAAGAUAAACAUAAUAAAAUAAGUGAUGCAGUG